AUGAUCAGUCCCAGACAUUCUUUAUUUGAAGUCAAAUUCACCUCCUUUGUCUUUAAGAUCACCCUGAGCUUCUGCCUGCCCGCAAUCUUUGACAUAUUUGGCAAACAAGAUAUUACCCAACUCGAGAUGCUUGCGGAUUCUCCUGAUUUACCACAACAGACAACUGGGGACCAGACCUAUGGCUCAAUGGUGAGAAUGUUAGCCGUCUCAUCCCUCUCCAUAAUUGGGCUUCACGUUACGAGUCUGUUAGCAAGCAGUAUCAUUGAGAGAGAAGGCCCUACCUGGUACUUCCUCAGUGCAAGCGCCCUCUCCCUUUUCUUGGCUGUGAUGAUCGUUGCCGACCCCGCGAACGACCAUUUGCGUGCUCGUGGCACACGUAUCAUCUUGAUCGUAGUCAUCUUCAGUGUUGAUCGUUUCGGUUUGCGUGAGAUAAGCACGACGAAUGACAAGUGGAUCCAUCUGCCUCUUCUUCCGGACUGGAUGUGA